AGUGCUAGUCCGUGCUUCGUGUUAGUCAACGGCAUUAGGCAUACUCACACCGGAGUGAUUCGCGUAGGAUAGAUUUAGUGUAAUGUAAUAAAAGUCUGUGAUUAUAAACUAUAAUGAACAAAAUUCUUCGUACUUAAUGGUUUAUUAUGUUAUUACAUUACUGUGAUUAAACAGGGAACAUUUAUAAGAUAUUAUUUAUGGCAACCAAGUGAAGUUAAGUGUAGAUUUGCAACAAAUAAAUUAUUGUAGAAUGUAUACUCUUCUACUUCGCUAAAUAUAGUGUAAAUAAUCAGUUAAGAUUUAGGUUAAAAACACUUCGGUUAACCUACGUUUGUCGUUAAUAUAUUCCCGUAAUAAGUUUAAAUUUCAAUGUGCAAUCAUGGAUUCAAAAGUCGUUCUGAAGUACAAAAAUCCUCAUGACAAAGCUAAUAUUUUCUCGAAAAUAUUUUUAUGGUGGAGUUUUAGUCUCUUUCGUAAAGGAUAUAAGCAAGGCCUAACAAUAGAAGAUCUGUUUCAAGCGCGUGACGCCGAUCACUCAGGGCGACUCGGCGACCGCUUGGAAGAGGCGUGGCAAAAAGAACUUGAUAACGCUCGUCGCACAGAUUCAAAACCUUCACUUGCGAAAGCUAUAAUAAGAUCAUUUUGGCUUGAAUACAUGCUAUGUGGGUUUUUGACUGGCAUAUUAUUUAUUAUUUUAUGGCCAUUAGUUCCUUUCACGUUGGCAUUAUUUAUUGGAUAUUUUUCCAAUGAAAAGACUCCAGAAAAUUACAGAAAUGCUCAUAUUCAUAACUUUCUUAUGAAUUUAUUAAGUGUUUCAACAUCCCUUAUGUUAAAUCAUUCACUAUUAGCUCAAAGUUGCGUUGGAAUGAAAGUAAGAAUUGCUUGCUGCUCUUUACUGUAUAGAAAGAUAUUGAAACUCAGUUGUUCUGGUCUGGGUAAAACAGAGUCUGGCCAGGUGAUAAAUUUAAUGUCAAACGACGUCAACCGCUUUGACAUGGCAGCUCUAUUUUUGAAUUAUAUAUGGGUUAUGCCGAUCAUGGUACCAGUAGUAUCGUAUCUCGUGUGGCAGCAUGUUGGCCUGGCGACGCUAGCUGCGCUUGCCGUUAUAUUUCUGCAGACUGUUGUUGUUCAAGCAUACUUAAGUAACCUUCAAGGCAAAUUUAGAGGCAAGAUUGCUAAACGAACUGAUGAAAGAGUUAAAGUGAUGAGUGAACUCGUGAGCGGAGUCCAAGUCAUAAAGAUGUACGCUUGGGAGAAACCCUUUGAGAAGUUAGUGGAUAAACUAAGAAGAUGGGAAGUGAAAUACAUAUUGAAGACUUCUCUCAUUAAAGGGUUCUCGACUGCUCUGAGCGUGUUCUCGGAGCGUUUCAUCCUAUUCUCGGCAAUCGUAACAUUCGUCUUGUUGGGCGGUAAUAUUCGAGCCGAAAUAACAUUUUCUCUAGUGCAAUACUUCAAUCUUUUGCAGCUUGCUUGCAACGUAUAUUUCCCAGCUGCUCUGGCAUUUUUGGCGGAAUCCAAGGUCUCCGUGCGAAGAUUAGAGGAAUUCCUCUUGUUAGAUGAACUAAAAUCAUUUAAAGCCAAGGAACUUUCUUCUGACUCCAAAGGCCCAAUUACUAAUGGCGUGGACAAAGAAGAACAAUCUGAGAAGUACAAACCAAAUCCAACAGGGUUGAUACUGACCAACGUUAGUGCCGGUUGGCCGCAGAACCCUAUCGUAGAUACUCUGAGAAAUAUAACGUUGAAUGUAAAACCCGGAGAGUUUGUAGGUGUCGCCGGUUAUGUUGGAUCAGGAAAGUCAAGCCUGUUGCAAUUAAUUCUGGGUGAGUUAGAACCAUCCCACGGGACCAUAUGUUUAGGAGGUGCGAGAAUAUCGUACGCAAGCCAAGAGCCUUGGCUAUUCGAUGCUACCGUGCGUCAGAAUAUUCUGUUUGGACUGCCUUACGAUCGAGUGCGUUACAAGAAGGUAGUUUCGGCAUGUGCAUUACUUCAUGAUUUUGAGUUGCUGCCGGUUGGUGACGCAACAUUGGUGGGUGAACGAGGCACCAGCUUGAGUGGAGGCCAACGCGCCCGUAUUGGUCUAGCCCGAGCUUGCUACAGACAGGCAGAUCUAUACCUUUUGGACGACCCGCUGUCGGCUGUGGACACUCACGUAGGCAAACAUCUAAUAUCCGAGUGCAUCACCGGCCUCCUGUGGAACACCACACGCAUCCUAGUAACCCAUCAGCUGCAUCAUCUUAAGGCAGCCGACAAUGUCAUAAUUCUACGCAGUGGAGAAAUUGAAACUCAAGGCACCUUUGAAGAAGUAUCCCGCUCGCCAUUGUUCGAAGAACUGCUAGAGGAAGUUGAACAACCUGAGGCUGAAGACGAUAACACCGCGAAGGGGAGCACACAACUUCUAAGACAGCGUAGUAUGUCUAUAAAGUCCCACACCAGUGUCAAUAGUAUGGUUGCGGAAUAUGACAAUGAAAAUGAGGAAGAACCCGAAGAAACCGCCGAGCUUAUGGAAAAAGGGCGCGUGUCUGGUUCCGUGUACGUGAAGUACUUCCGUGCGGGCGGCGGCUGGGCGCUGCUAGCUCUCGCGCUCGUGUCCAUUUUACUGACACAGGUUGCAAUCUCCAUCAGUGACCUCUGGCUCACGCAUUGGAUGAAUGACGUGGAAGCGAAACACUUACGAUCCGAAGACGAGAAAUUCAAUGCUUAUUUCACGAUCACCAACAACGAGGCAAACGUAUUCAACGAGACAUCAGAAUCACUAAUCAUGGAUGAUACAACCACAAACCCAACUUCACCAACAACAAUGAAUCCAAACCUUACCAUCAUAGGCACAAUGGUUAAAACAGCACUAACUAUACAGAAUAUUACUUCGGGGGAGGAACCAUUACAACAUUCUUAUUAUAUCUACAUUUGGGCGACCGCUAUACUUGUAUCUAUAUUGCUUACAACUGAAAGAUCUCUGCUGCUUCUUUGGAUAUGCAUGCGCAGCUCUAUAAAGUUGCACAAUUUAAUGUUUAGUAACAUUCUGGCGGCCCCAAUGCGCUUCUUUGACACUAACCCAUCAGGACGAAUUCUAAACCGAUUUUCCAAAGACAUGGGCAUUGUUGAUGAGAUAUUACCGAAAAUGAUCUUGGAAAGUUUGCAGGUUUUCAUGGCUACGCUGGGAAUUUUAGUAAUGGUGGCUAUAGUGAACCCGUACAUGUUGCUUACGACUGUUGUCUGCGGCGUGUUUAUGUACAUGUGGACUUUGGUCUACCUCAGCACAGCGCAAGCCAUUAAGAGAGUGGAAGGCGUAUCUCGUAGUCCCGUAUUCUCACACGUAUCGGCCAGUAUGGCGGGUCUGACCACAAUUCGCGCAAGUAAUGCUGAAGAGAUGCUCCGCAUACAGUUCGAUGAAAAACAAGACGUGCACACGGCGGCGUGGUACUUGACACUAACAUCAAACACCGCUUUCUCGAUAUGGCUAAGUCUUAUAUCGGCCGUCUAUGUUAUUGUUGUAGCCUAUACGUUCCUUUUAUUGGAUGACGGUACAACAAAGUCCGGUAACGUAGGGUUGGCGUUGUCUCAAGGGUUGAUCCUUGUGAACAUGGUGCAAUACGGCAUCAAGCAGGUGACUGAAGUGGUUUCUCAGAUGACGAGCGUGGAGCGCGUAAUGCAGUUCACGUCGCUACCACAGGAGCAGACAGACGGCUCGGCGCCGCCGCCCGGUUGGCCGCAGCGCGCCCGACUCGUCUUCAAGGAUCUUUACCUGCGUUACGACAUGGAAGCUGAACCAGUACUGAAGAAUCUAAACAUUGUUAUCGAGAGCGGUUGGAAGAUCGGUAUAGUGGGAAGAACGGGAGCGGGUAAAUCAUCGCUCAUAUCGGCUUUGUUUCGCCUGGCGCCCAUUGACGGCCACGUGUACAUCGACGAUGUCGACACCGGUGAAAUCGCUCUGAAGGAGCUUAGAUCCAAGAUCGCCAUCAUUCCUCAGGAGCCGGUGUUAUUCUCCGCCAGCUUGCGAUACAACAUGGAUCCAUUUGACAAGUACACUGAUGCCGAUAUAUGGCAGGCGUUAGAACAGGUGGAGUUGAAACAGAGCGUGACGUCACUGUCGGUGGCGGUGGCGGCGGGCGGCGCCAACUUCAGCGCGGGCCAGCGCCAGCUGCUGUGCCUGGCGCGCGCCGCACUCGCGCGCAACCGCCUGCUCGUGCUCGACGAGGCCACCGCCAACGUCGACCCCAAUACUGAUGCCUUAAUCCAGAAAUCAUUACGCAAACACUUCUCCGAGUGCACAGUGAUAACUGUAGCUCAUCGACUGCACACUGUCGCCGACUCCGAUCGAGUCAUCGUCAUGGAAGCCGGUCAGAUUGUGGAAUCAGGUCAUCCACACGAGUUGCUACAGAAAAGUGACGGCUACUUCACCCGCAUGGUGAAGCAAUUGAGCCCCGCCUCGGAGCAGAGUCUCCGGGAGCUAGCCAGCAAUGCCUACGCGCAACACUUCAAAUACGUGAACGCCGUUGAACAAGUCCAAUCUUAAUGCUUAAAUUAAAUAAUUUCCAAUACUAGGUAAUUUAUGGUAGGAGGUCCUAGGUCGUGAUAGAAGAUUUAAAACGUUGUCUUUACCAAGUUUACACACCCAUAACAAUGUGAUACAUAAGCAUUUAACCAAUAAUCAUGAUAGUUGAGACGAAAUUAUUUAAAAUACCCACAUCAUCAUCAUCAUCAUCAUUAAAGCCCUUCACAAGUCCACUGCUUAACAUAGGCCUCCCCCAAGGAAUGCCACAAAGCACGGCCCUGAGCCACCUGCAUCCAUCGACUUCCUGCAUAUCUUACCAGGUCGUCACUCCAUCUAGUGAGGGAACGCCCUACACUUUAUCCGCUGGUGCGAGAUCGCCACUCGAGAACCUUUUUUCCCCAUCGGUUGUCAGUUCUUAGAGCUAUAUGGCUGACCCAUUGCCACUUCAGCUUACUAAUCCGUUGGGCUGUGUCGGUCACUCUGGUUCUACUGCGGAUGUCCUCAUUUCUAAGUUUAUCACGCAGAGAAACUCCGAGCAUAGCUCUCUCCAUAGCUCGCUGAGCGACCUUGAGCUUCCUCAUCCGGCCAGCAGUGAAGGACCACGUCAACAGUUCCAUAGCUCAUCACUGGCAACACGCACUGGUAUUAUAAUAACUACAUUAAUAUAGUAUAUUAGCUGUUCCCCGCGACUUCGUCCGCGUUGAGUUAUUUUUCGCGGAACCCUAAAAUAAAAGCAGACCAAGUUAUUCCUUAUAAUAUCAGAUAUCUGCCAGUGUGUAUAAAUAUUGACAAAUAUUGACUUUAAUAUUUAUACGAUACUAACGUCACUCAAUUGUUUUGCUUUCCCUGAACCCCUCCACCAAUAUUUAAACUUUAUGGUAUGGUAAUAAAGUUCAAAUUAACUUUUAUAUAGAAUAUAGAAAAGUGUCGUUUUUAAACUUUUUCAGGCAAUUUUUUAAAUUUUUCUCUCCGUAAGAACCAUCUUCGUACUUCUUAAUGUACAUUAACUGUCACACUGUAGACAGUGUGACAGUUAAUGGGAAAAGCCUUUCAGUGAAAAGUAGAUUAAGCAUGUACAUAAUGGGUAAAUGCUUUCAAAACUUAUCUCAGAUAGUUACAAAUAGUACGUAAUUAUAAAAUUGAAAUGCGUAUGUACUUUAUUUUUAUAUAUGACGAGCAUUUACAUCUAUACUUCAUAUAUUAUAUAAAUUUAAUAUAUUAUAAUAUAGCAUUAGGAAAAAGAGGCUCGAAGAAGCAGGAGUGCAAAAUAUUUUAUUUCAAAUUUAAGUGCAAAUAAUUUUAAUGAUGUUUUCAUAUAUUUAUUUGACAUAACUUUAAUAAAUGUAUUGUUGUUAUAACAUGUACUAUUUCUAAACUACCCUAGGCUGAUAAAGUUAAAAUUAUUAUAAUAAAAUUUGUGAACUGGUAAUUAAAUAGAUUAAAAUAAAUUAGGCAUAAAUCGUAGCUGUAGCAUGUUUAUUGUACUUUUGCUAAAAAUCAUCAAAGUGUGUCUUAUGAAACCAUCUUUAACGUCUGUGUAAAUGUAAUAUAGAUAGGUACAUAGUUUCUGCUUCUACCAUUACACAAGUGAAUGAAAAUGGGUUAAGAUUAAAUUUGUUCACCAAAAUAGUGGUAUAAUUUGAAUAUUUUGUGACGUAUUUACUUUACCUCAUAGAAAAGUAAUCUUAGUACCUAUUCUUUUUUAAAGAAAAUCUCAUAAUAUUGAAUUGUCGAUAUGAAAUAAUAGGUUUAUAAUAGAUUAACUUUUGAACAAUUUAAAUUUGUACUUAAAAGUCCUUAUUGUUACUUAAUAAAGACUAAAAGUAUAUUUUUACUGCUAGAAAUUAUAGAUAUUCAAUUUAAGUCUGCAAUUCCUUUUAGGUAAUGUACCUAUCAAAAAUUGUACUUCACAAAUAGCAUAGAGUUAAAUAAAUUGCAUUGUAAAUUGU